GAUAAGUGUUAAUGUCAACAGAAGUCCAUUAAUCUAUAUUAAGUAGUCAUACCCAAGCAGUAUCUAGUAGCUAAGCCAACGAGAGUGCUCUCCCUUGAGCUGUAACAAGAUGGCCACCAUGCUGACCACAUGGUCUGAAUAAAAGGGCUUUUUAACACGAAGUAACUUUCUUCAGUUAUUGUUACAAACCACUACAUGGUGUCAGAAGUAAGUCUACCCAUCAAAGAAGUUACUGACAACGAUAAUGAAUAACUUGGAGCCUCCCAAACCUUUGGAACUUGCUGGAAAUGUGAGUGAAAACUGGCGCCGUUUCAAGCAAGCAUGGGAAUGCUACUACACCAUUACUGUUGAUGGUAAAAACAAACCUGAUGUCUACAAGUCAUCUUUAUUGCUGCAUAGCAUUGGAGAAAAUGCAAGAGAAGUAUUUAAUUCUUUUUAAUGGGCUGAAGAGGAAGAUGAACAGAAAGUUGAAAAAAUCUUAGAAAAAUUUGAGCAGUACUGUGUUCCCAAAAAAAAUGUGACAUUUGAGGGAUACAAAUUUUUUACAUGUUCACAAAAGGCAGAACAGACAAUAGAUCAGUAUGUUAGUGAAUUGCAACAAAAAGCUAAAUCUUGUGAAUUUGGACAACUCAAAGACAGUUUGGUUAGAGACAGAAUAGUGUGUGGCGUGUACAACAGUGCUUAUUGAGAGAAAUUACUGCGUGAUGAUAGAUUAACUCUUUCAAAAGCAAUAGACACAUGUCGUGCUGCAGAAAUGGCAAGUUGUCAAGCUAAAGAAGUACGAGAAGAUUGUGCAGUUCAUUACAUAAAAUCCAAACCAAAGUCAAAACCAAAACAGAAAAUGAACUACAAGCAAACAAGUAAACAAGAAACAGUAAAACAAGAGCUUUGUGGACGGUGUGGAAGAAAUCAUACCCCAAAACAGAAAUGUCCAGCAUCUGGUCAAAAGUGUUUGAAAUGUGGUCUUCUCGGACAUUUUGCUACACAAUGUAGAUCUCAUUCAGGUCGAUCCUGACGUGUCUAUGAUAUUGAUGCAGAAGCAUGUGAUUAUCCACCAGAAGAUGCAGAAUUCUUCGUUGAUGUUGUGGAUACAGACAGUCAGAGGGUCUCUAACUUAAAGGCUUGGAUGAUGUCACUUGACAUAAAUGUAACACAGGUACCCCUCAAACUUGACAGCGGCUCAGACAUGAUCCUCAUCAGCUUGUCACAGUGGAAUAAACUAAAAUACCAGCCACCAUUUGAACCUCCUAAGAUGAGCCUAAAAGCUUAUGGUGGAAUUGACAUACCUGUUGAAGGACAGGCAGAGCACACAGUCACCUACAAAGGUAAACCAAACAAGACUGUAUUCAUGGUAACGCCAGACAACAAUAGAUGUACCCUUGGUGUGGAGGAUUGUGAGAGACUGAACUUGGUUCAUAGAGUUUACAAAAUCAAUGUUUACAAAAUUUGAACAGCCAGAAUUCUACAAAUAAGUGAAUAUCAAGAUGUAUUCAAAGGGCUUGGAUGCUUGCCUGGUGAACAUACCAUAACAGUUGACAAAGAAGUCACACCAGUCAUAGAAGUUUGUAGAAAAGUGCCGUUUGCUCUCCAUGAUCAACUUAAAGAAGAGUUGAACAGAAUGAAAUCACUUGGAUUGAUCACAGAGGUUACAGAACCUACUGAAUGGGUUAGUUCGAUGGUGAUUGUACACAAGAAACAAGGGAAAUUGAGAAUAUGCCUAGAUCCUCGCAAUUUGAAUCUAGCAGUUCAGAGAGAACACUAUAAACUCCCAACUCGUGAAGAAGUGAUGUCGCAGUUUGCUGGUGCUAAAGUGUUUAGCAAGCUGGACGCCUCCUCAGGCUUUUGGCAAAUGAAGCUAGAUCAUGCCAGCUCAAUGCUGACAGCAUUCAACACACCAUUUGGGAGAUACCGUUAUCUCAGACUCCCAUUUGGUAUUUCAAGUGCGCCAGAAGUGUAUCAUCGAACCAUACAUCAACUCUUCGAGCACAUUAGAGGUGUAGACACCAGUAUGGAUGACAUGAUCAUCUUUGGUAAAGACACCAGAGAGCACAACGAGCGACUGAAAGCAGUACUUCAGAAGUGUAGAAACAGUGGUCUGAAAUUGAAUAGAGAGAAAUGUGAAGUGGGUGUCACAGAGCUUACCUUCCUGGGAGAUAGAAUUUCUGUUGAUGGACUCAAACCAGACCCUAACAAGGUGAAAGCCAUCAUGGAUCUUCAGAAACCCACAGAAAAGAAGGAACUGCAACGGUUCCUUGGGAUGGUUAAUUACCUAGGAAGGUACAUUCAAGACCUCUCAACAAAAUCAGCACCACUUAGGCAGCUGUUGGCAAAAAGACAGUCAUUGGUCUUGGUCUCAUGAACAGGACAAAUCAUGGGAAGAACUUCGAAACCUCAUUUCACAAAGACCGGUUCUUCAAUUCUAUGAUACCAAGAAACCCAUCAAAGUGUCUACAGAUGCAUCAAAACAUGGACUUGGUGCCAUACUGCUGCAACAACAUGAAGAUGCAUGGAUGCCAGUAGCAUAUGCGUCAAGGGCGAUGACCACUGCAGAGACUCACUACGCACAGAUCGAGAAGGAAGCACUAGCAAUGUGUUUUGGAGCUGAACGGUUCCAUCAAUAUGUGUAUGGGAGAAAGUUUCUCGCAGAAACUGACCAUAAACCACUGAUUCCCAUCUUCAAGAAAGCUCUGAAUGACUGUCCUCCACGCAUUCAACGUUUCCGUCUUCGCAUGCAGAAAUAUGACAUGGAGGUAAUGUACACUCCUUGUCGAGAGAUGUAUGCAGCAGAUACCCUGUCAAGGAACUUUCCUAGUGAUCAAUCACCCACCAGUACAACUGAAGCAGAUGUACAAAUGUAUGUUGACAGUAUCUUGUCAACAGUGCAGGUGUCAACCGACAGAUUCGCACAGAUCAGAGCAGAAAGCAACAUAGAUCCAGAAAUGACAGCUCUAAAAGCAAUCAUCUUGACAGGUUGGCCUAAUGAACAUUCACAGUGCCCAAGAAACCUGGAUGAUUUCUGGAAUUAUCGAGAUGAACUUUCAUGUAUUGACGGAGUAGUCUUCAAAGGCAACCGCAUCGUCGUGCCCAAAGGUAUGCGGAAACUGAUGUUGCAGAAAAUACAUGCAGGACAUCUGGGUCAAGAAAAAUGCAAGCAGAGAGCUAGAGAAGUUCUAUUCUGGCCUCGAAUGAAUCAUGACGUAGAUGUCAUGGUAAGUGGAUGUGAGACCGUCUUUAGAAAGACAGCCUUAACAGACCAUGCAGGCAGCAAAGAUCACAACGUCGCUUUGCUUUCUGAAGCAAAGUCGGCAGAUGAACCACUCCAGGCUCUAUUUGACAAGAGUACUGAGGAAGCCGACAAGGCAGUGAUCACCCUGUUAAGGAACGUUUACUUCGUUGCUUCGGAAAACCUGCCCCUCCAGAAAUUUGAAUCUCUCAACAACCUUGCUGAGUUACACGGGGCAAAAUCACGUCAAAGCUCUACAGAGAGGAUACGGCAGCGUCUGAAUUCGUUACUAUUAUCUCGGAUCUCAUUGAGGAGGAACUGCUUGCGGAGAUUUGUGCGAGUCCAGCGAUUGCUAUCAUAACUGAUAAAAGUACCGACCUAUCCAGUGAAAAACAUUUAAUACUAUAUAUCUGUUAUUUGAAAGAUGGUGUCUUGUCUAUCAAAUUUGUCAAAUUGUUACGUGUGCAUGCUGCUGAUGCUCAGAGCAUUACUUCUGCAUUGUUGGCUUUUUUUAAGACUUCUGGUGUUGCGUUGGGGAAAGUGUAUGGGAUGGGCUCAGAUGGUGCUGCUGUUAUGUUAGGCAAACGGGGUGGUGUGGCUGUGAACAUCAAGGAUUUCUGUCCUCAUCUUGUUGAGAUGCAUUGUGUUGCACACAGACUGGCUUUGGCAUGUGUGGAUGUUGCGAAAGCAGUGAAGGAGGUCUCAUAUUAUGAGAGUACAUUGAACACCAUUUUUUUCAUUUUUCAACCGUUCGCCAAAGUGUUUGUCGAAUCUCCAGAUGUGGCAGGAUCUCCUGGACGAACCUCAAGUAAGACCAUCGGAAGUACAUCGUGUGAGAUGGUUGUCCAUGACAUGAGCAAUUGACAACUGUUCUAAAGCUUUGCCUGUCCUUAUUGCCAUGCUUGAGGAUAAUAGUGACACGGACAUGAUGGCAGACUCUUUACUGCGACAAUUGACUACCUACAAAUUUAGAUUUUUGACAGCUUUCUGACAGGACGUUUUUGGUAUGAUAGGGACUGUAAGUAGGGCUUUACAGACACGUGACUUGACCUACGGUGACAUAUGGAGGACUUUCGACGCUUUUCUAGAUGGACUUAAGGGACAGUACCUGACCGAAACUCCGACGUAUGGACCGAAGUUACGAGAAUUUCUGGCGAAGACUGACGAUUCUGACGAGUUUGAAAGUGUCAAAAUGACGAGAUCACAUCAUGACAGAACACUGACUGAUAGGGCUAGGGACUGCGUACAGGUUUUAGUUGACAAUGUGAUGGACAGAUUCCCCGACAACGAACUAUACAGUGCAUUUGGUGCACUUGACCCAACAGGCUUCCCUGACAACACACGUGACUUGGCAAGUUAUGGGGACGAGAGUAUAGCGACUUUAGGACGCCAUUACGGUAGCAGACGACAAGGACAUACACCUGUUGACAAAGACGCUCUGGAGAGAGAAUGGGGGAUAUUUUGGCCUUUGGUGUACAACAAUUACAGACAGUUGACAUAUGGACAGAUGUUAGUUACUGCCUAUGCUUCUAAAUUGACGGAACAAUUCCCUAAUGUAGUGAAACUAAUGGAAAUUGGACGCAUUUUGCCUGUAUCCAGUGUAGAGUGUGAGCGAGGUUUUUCCAAACAAAACCUCAUCAAGACUCGACUAAGGUGCUCUUUGACGACGGAAACAUUGGACAGACUGAUGCGGAUUUCAAUUUGCGGACCAAGACUGAAGGACUUUGACCCUAGACCGACGCUACGACGAUGGAAGGGCAGACGACAUAGACAUUUGUACAGCUGCAACGAAUCGAUAGCCAAGAUAUUGAAACCAACCUGUCGAUAGAUGAUGCGGGAAAAGUAUGGCAUUGUUAUUAUUAAUAUUUAUAUUUAUGCAUGUAAAUAAAACUACAAAGAACAUGUA